GAAAGUCGCGACGGUGACAGUUCGUAUUACCCCCCAGGGAAGCUGAUGGACCUGACCAACUCCACCGAGAAAUUCCUCCCGACUGUGCUGCCCCACCAGGAGGUACCGCCGCCCUUCGGGUACUACCACGAGGAGCCGCCGCUCUUCUACGAGGAGCGCCCCGACUUCGUGGCGCCCUACAUCAAGGUGGAGGCCGACGAGGAGGCCCCCGUGCUCAAGUCGCGCUCCUUCGGCCGCAAGCGCAAGAGCAUCUCCUCCGACGAGGAGAACUCCUUCCAGGGCAAGCACAAGUCGCGCAGGAAAGCGCCCCAGAGCUUCGAGGACAUCCAGCACCAGAGGGUGAUGGCCAACGUGCGGGAGCGCCAACGCACGCAGAGUCUCAACGAGGCGUUCGCCUCCCUGAGGAAGAGCAUCCCGACCAUGCCGUCGGACAAGCUCUCCAAGAUACAGACGCUGAAGCUGGCGGCCAGGUACAUCGACUUCCUGUACCACGUCCUCUCCAACGAGAACGCGCUGGACGUGGACCUCAUCGGCAACGUGUGCUCCUACGUGGUGCGGGACAAGCUCCUGAAGGCGUUCACCAGGUGGCGGAUGGAGGGUGAUUGGAGCGACUGUAGCUCGCAGUGAUUGUGGGGUGGCCUAGUGACGCGUUGUGAAAGACAAAAAAUGAUAACUUGAUAUGAUGAGAACGAUCGGUACAGCUGUUGCCGUUUUUUACGGACAAAAAAUUAACGACGGCUUGAAUUUCGGUGGAAAAGUUUCGAAUGGAAGACGAUUACUACAGUUGCCGGUUUUUUAGAUUCUAGCUAGGGUAGGAACCGCAAGUAUUGUAAGUUUUGUACCAAAUUUAUUAUAGUGUAUUUAUUUUUGUUGGAAUAAAAUAUUUUUUAUAA